UCCCUGUUUCUACCAUUUUGUUGACAGCUUUGAGAGCUAGUGAGACUGGUGACGCAGUCGAUUCUCGCAACGCCACUCGUACUUUUAUUCUAGCAUCUCGUUGAUUAAAGCGCUGAACUCUAUUUUGCUUGAAAAUCCAUCAAGAUUCCGGAACAAGAGAGGAUGUCGCGCCAUCGUGAGUGGGAUCUGAAGUGUAAAGUGUAUGUUGGAAAUUUGGGCAACAACACAGCUAGAGGAGACUUGGAAGCAUCAUUUAGCAAGUAUGGUGCCCUGAAGAACGUCUGGGUUGCUAGGAACCCUCCAGGCUUUGCAUUUGUUGAAUAUGAAGACCCUAGAGAUGCUGAAGAUGCAGUUCGUGCCAUGGAUGGAUCGAGAAUUUGUGGUUCUCGUGUUAGGGUAGAGAUGUCUUCUGGCAGAGCUAGGGAAAGGAAUGGACCAAGAGGAGGUGGUGGAGGUGGCGACCGCGGCGGGGACCGUUCCCGCGGUGGCCCGCGUGGCGGUGCCGAUUUCCGCGGAAGGUCCCGAUCGCCCGUACGUCGUCGGCCUACCCGCAGCCCAUCACGCUCUCCUCCUCCACGGCGCCGAGCUUCCCGCUCCUUCUCUCGCGAAAGACGAUAUUACUAGAUCCCGCUCCAACAGCUAUGGAUACGACCGUGAAAAGGAUUAAACGUCCAACUUGCUUUGUCUGUAACAUUUGUUUCACCGUUGAACGUUCUCAUUUCCGUUUGUCCUGGACAGGAUUCUAUUGAAUUAAAUGGGUUUGGUUUAUACAAAGCUCCAAUUUCAUUUUGCUAGUAAAACCAGUUUUUCUCCAUUAUCGACGUAUACUAUGGUAAAUGGCACUUGUCGGCACACCAAAUACAAUGGUUAAAAAAACG